UCAGGUGAUCCACCCAUCUCAGCCUUCCAAAGUGCUGGGAUUACAGGCAUGAGCCACCAUUCCCAGGCUAUUUUUUCCUUUUAUAAAAUAAGACACUUAAAAGUUGAUAAACAUUGUAUGUUUGGGUGAGUCUAACUGAGUGGUGGACCUCACCUUAGGGUAAUGAAACAGGAAACAUUUUAUUUGGAGAAAAAAUGUCAAUAUCUGUAAGUCUUUGCUCUUGGGCUCACAUUGUUCUUCAGAGAGGAAUUCAGUAAGGAUGGGUAAGAUGGAAGUUACUAUAAACUUGACACCUAGCACUCUGUAAGCUCCUUGGUUUGAGAGAAAGUGUCUUAAUUUUUUUUAGCCCACUUUCUCACUAAGAUCUCAGUCCUGCCCUAAGUUGUGCUGUUGUCCUUUAGUCCAGAGUCCUUCCUAUUAAACCACUAUGGAUAUUACACCUCCGAUUUUCUGCCAUGAUGAGAAAAGGGAAAGUGCCUUGCUUCACUGACUAGGAAAGGAAUUCUCAGAUCUAAAUACUCCUUAUAUAUAUUUUCAGCCAGUGUUUUUUUUUAGCCUCUCCCUGGGUCCUCAAUCUGGAUUAUUACUUUGGCUAGAUUUGAUUUUUCUUACUAACUUUCCUCCUUUUCAUUUGAGAGCAAGAAGAAAACUGUCAGUUACCAAUUGUCUGUGUGCUUCGCAUCUUCCAAAAUUUUUGUGACAUCUCUCCCCUACGGUUUACUCUCUUCCCAUUAUUUUUGUCUUUAUAGCUUUGUUUAUUUUAAACCCUUGCCCUCUAUCAUUUACAUAAAGUUUCAGGAAAAAAUUGAGAAAAACUAGUGUGCUCAAACCGGAGUAAAAUGCAGUCCUUACUGUCAGUCAUAUUGUGCUAGUUUUCCUGUACCUGAAUCAUUUAUGUUGUUUUAUCGCUUGAUUUGCUUGAUUUCAUCAGAUGUCAGUCUUUAGAUAAGAGUUCAUAGGUGCUGUAUUUUUUCACAUGCUUGAGAAAUAUAGUUUAGCAGGGUAUAAAAUUUUUCAGUGGAUUUUCUUUUCCUCAAAGAUUUGUUGACAUUAAAUAUAACAUUAGUUAUUCUGUCAUAGUUUCUACAGUCAUCUAUAAGUCACUUGAUUUUUAUCCUUAAGUAGUAUUUUUUUCAGUAAGAAUUCAUCAGUACUAGCACAAGGUUUAAUGAAUUCUUUCCUGUUUGCUGCAUUGUUGUCUUUGUACUUGAGCAACAGCUUGGCUAUGUAUAAAAUAGUUGAGCCAUAAUUUAUUUCCCUCAGAAUCUUGUAGACAUUUCAAUUCUGUUUUGGUAUGAAAUGUUGCUCAGGGAAAUUCUGAAGCCUGUUUGCUUCACCUGUAGGUAACUUGUUUUCUAUCCUCGAAAUUCAUUAUCUUUAUCAGAUUGUGUCUUGAUUAUGGUAAUUACACAUUACUUUUCCCUGGAACUCCUCGUGCCUUUUCAAUCUGCUCAUGCAGAUAUUUUCAAGUAUAUCAUAUAUUUGGUUUUAAAAUAUGCCUUAUAGUUCUAAUAUCUGAAGUUUGUGUGGGCCUAUGCCUACUCUAUUUUGUUUCUGCUCCUUCUCAUUCAUGAUGUCUUUGUUUCUUUGUAGGACAUGCAUGGUUGAUUGCCCUUGAAAAUUUAUUUGUGGGGUAUCUACAAAGCCUAGGUUGUACAUGUUCCAUCUUUCAAAAGAGAUUUUCAUUUGUUUCAGCCGGGAUAUUGGAAACACUAUCAAUAGUGGACCAUCACAAAUUAAUUAAAUGGCUUGAGGCUCCUUGCAUCUCAACCUAUGUAUAUUCAAAAUACAAAUACACAAGAGGGCCACGUGCAGUGGUGCGCACCUGUAGUCCCAGCUACUCAGGAGGCUGAGGUGGGAAGAUCACUUGAGCUCAGGAGUUCUAUACCACCUAGGCAGUAUAGUAACACCCCAUCUCAAUACACACACACACCCCAAUAUGUAGAUACAACUUCCCAGGCAUGGUUUUUUUUUUUCUUUUUCUUCUGCUCUGCUUAACAUCAGGGAGAUUUCUAUGCAAUUCCCUGGAGUUGGAGGCUGAGGGCAGGUUUAGAUUGCUGGUGUUUACACUGUAUUUACAUUAUGGAUGUAUCCCUGAGGGGUCCCUUAAUAUGAAGAAGAUCUUUCUAUAAUAUGCUGCAACUGUGGUUACACCUGAGCCUUGAUUUAUAUUUCUUUAAUCCCACAUAGCUUCAGAUCAAAGCCUGAGUACAAAUAUUUUUAAAUUCCCUGAGAGCAUGAGAACUGUUGUUCUGAUACUCUGUUUACCCCUCUAUUACAGGCUUCCAUAAGAAAUUGGGCUUUUUCUGCCAUUUUCUACUAUGUUUUUGGCUCUUCAUUAGUUUAGAAGUUUUUUCUUAAGUUUUGUCCAUUAUAUUUUGUUUUCCUUAGGAGGGUCAUAUGAAUUAUCAAUACUAUCAUUUUCAGAAAUGACAAGCUCUGUCUAAUGUUUAUUCAACCUGAAGAUUCAGUUUUUCCACCAUUUCCAUUAUGUAUUAAUUAGGCUAUUUUUCCUUUACAUACAUUGAAUCCAAUGUUUCAUCAACUGAGUACUCUGCUCAGACAAAUCAAUAAUCUCCCCUCUCCACUAGACAGUACUCUCUUCACAGAGAGGGCUCUUUAUCUUAUGGGCUUAGAAAAAUAUACACAGCCAUUCAUUGCUUAAUAGCAGAAAUACAUUCUGAAAACUGUGUCAUCAGGCAAUUUCAUUAUUGUUCCAACAUCAUAGAGUGUACUUACACAAAUCUAGAUAAUGUAGCCUACUAUACACACCUAGGAUACCCAGUAGAGCCUAUUGUUCCUAGGCUGCAAACCUGUACAUCAUGUUACUGUACUGACUACUAGAUAAAAUUAUACCACAAUGGUGUUUGUGCAUCUAAACAUAGAACAGAUAAUGCAUUGCACUAUGACAUUACUAUAGGUAUAGCAUCACUAGGCAACAAAAAUUUUUCAGCUCCAUUAUGAUCUUCCACGACCACCAUUGUAUAUGCCAUCCAUGGUUGACCAAACAUUGUUAUGCAGCGCAUGGCUGUAUUGAAAUAAAUAUAGGUGAAUGAAUGUUGAAUAAAGUAAUAAAUAAAUUUCAGUCUGUUAUUUUAUCUGGCUUAGUAAGCCUAAACAUGAUAACAAAAUAUUUUAUUUCUUUAUCUUUAUAAAAUAUCCAUUUAUUAUUUAUAGUAUUUGAUACUUGCUUUGUUCACCUAAUAAUAUGUCAUUUAAAAUAUGUGACCCAGCUUUCAUUUUUAACAUUUACAAUGUGAUAUUGAGCCCUUUCUUAUUUCUUUACAAAUAAUACAUUUUUAAAACUAAUUUUGACUUACUGUGUUACACAUGAAAGGAGGAAGAAAGAUUUUUAUUCACCUUCAGACCAUGUUCUGCUUUUUAAAAAAGAUAUACAUCAAAUUUAUCAAACACUUUUAUCUUUAGUCUCUCAGGAGUACAUCAGAAAUUUUUUAUUCUCUCCUAUUCUUAAACUAAGUUGUAUCUGAUUAAGGGACUAGUACCUUAAAGCUUUGAUGAUUUUAUGUUUCACACUUUUUUUUCUUUUACGAACUCUAAUUGAGAGACUCCUAGUACUUAUAAUUUGAGUGAAGGAAUAAAAUUUUGAGUUUGGAUGAAUUAUUCAGAGUUCAGGACAAAAACCAAAAACCAUUCUGUGUGUCUCUAACCAAAACCAAAAAGGAUAUCAACUACAAGAACUUAGAUGCUUAUAUAAAAUCACUGGAAGAAUUGGACAAGCAGAAGAAAGGCAGUCACCACUGAAAUGGUUUUGAAGGCAUAUGACCACAGCUGCAGCACAGGAAUCAGGAAGCUGAUGCUACUACUACUACCAAAGUUGUUGCUCCCACAGUGCCCUCUCCCACCUCCAAAACUGAUGGCUGCACACUGACACAGAGUGUCUGGAUGCCACAGUGGUCUCCAGUUCCCUAUGAAGGUGAUGGCUAAACAGAGGAAUGCUGACUUGGCUGCAAGCAUUCACAUCUUUCUGACCUUAUUGGUGAACAGUGGAAGACAACCUUUGCCUGUAUUCUAAGACUCACAUGAAGGAAUCUCAUUGGUAAAACCUAAUUUACAUACAGAAUAAUAAUUCUAAGAAGUCUGAAAAAUGGAGUUUUAUGCUUUCUAGACCCCGAAUUUUUAAAAAAUUUAUAAAAUGAAACAGGAAUUGAUGGCAUAUUCCGUAUAGCACACCGGGGAAACAUUGUUCAAAAGGCCUUGUCCUAGCACUUGAAUUAAUUUCUCUAUUGCUUCGUAGGCUUAGCAUUCAGUGAACAAGAAUUCUUUUGGAUACAAGCCACACCACCAAUAAGGAGAGAGGCAGUCAUAUGUUCCUUUAAUAACUGCUCUGAACUGGAUAACUUUUUUGACCCUAUCUGUUCCUAGUGGGCAGUUGGGGCAAUAGGUCAGGUCUAAGUGGGUAUGAUAUAGAUGGCUACUUUAACCCAAAUAUACAUUCUCCCCUUAUUUAUUACUAAUAUACUUCUGAUUUUAGCUGCUUAUGUAGGUAUGUGAGCUAUAGAUUAUAUUCUUCAACCUCUCUUGAAGCCAGGUGUCAUCUUGUAACUCAAUCAUAGACUGUGAGAUAAAAGCACAAGUGCCAUGGAGUACCUUAUGGAAAUAAUCUUUUAAAAAAGUGAAAGCACACCCUUUCCUUCCUCUUUUUGUUGGCAUGAAUGGGGAUGUAAUGACUGGUUAUUAGGCAACUAUAUUGGACAAUGAAGUAAAGGCCAUAUCCUGAAGAUAGCAAAUCAAUGAUGGAACAAGACUGGGUCCCAGAUAUCAUGGAGUGCAUUUCAGCCACUAGCCUUCUUUUAUAUUUUGUUUAAGUCAUUGUUAUUAUGACUUUGUCUGUAACUUCAGGCUAAUUUGAUAUAGAACGUAGAUCUAUAAGUUAUAUAGAAUAUAAUUCUAGCUGAUAUAAGAAGUUUCUUUAAUAAAGUGAUAUUUAAGGUAAGAGUAAAAAGGUGAAUAGAGAAAAUGUAAGACUUACAUGCAUAUUUUAGAAAUCAAGGUUUAUUGUGAAAAAAGGGACAAAGUAAAUGACUCAGAAUCAAAACAAGAAUUUUUUAAAAUAAGGAAAAUAAAAGGAAUGAAUUAAAAAUAUGAAAGCACAAAUUGAUUAUACAGAAUAAAACCACAUAAUAUUUGACCAAUUAAACAAAAAGUUAUUUCUUUGAAAAAGCCAAGGAUAUUUUAGGUUCUAUGUAUAACUGAUGUAUGAGACAUGUACCUUUCAUUUGGCUCCCUCUAAAAAUGCACUAAGAAAAAGUGAACAGAUAUUUUCAGAAACAAACUUAAUAAGGAUGAAGAGAAUAAUGUAGAAGAUAACAGGGAAAACUCUUAGAAGUUGGAAAACAGAUGAAUGAUUUAGUAGACCUGACAAAUCAACUACCAGUUGUAGUGUAAAUGGGAAGAGUUGAGAAUCAAUCCUGUUUAGACUGUGGGUCUAGAAUCAAUUCUGUUUAGAUAGUGGGACAUAUAGAGGCAUCUGAAAUGUCAAUCCUAGAUCCUCUGGAAAUGAUAGUAGCAUGCCAAAUAAAAAAGAUUGUGUUAAAGCUCCCUGUAAAGCAGUUAAAUCUCUAGCAGUUAGAUCACAUUUCCCCACUCCAGUCACUGAGUAACCUACCUAUCCCCUUGACCCUAAGAGAAGUCUGGAGUUUUAUUUUCUGAUGAGUACAAAAAGCAGGGUUAUUAUAUGAGAGGUGCUGCCAACAAAAUGGAGGGCAUGGGUAAUAUGGACAGCAAAAGUAAGUAACCAUCUAAGUAUUGAAUUCUGGUUGAUUGUUAAAAUGCUAUGCUAAUCAUUAGAACCAAUUACAAAUAUUUUGGUUCUCCCCUUCUUGGACAUAUGGUAGAAUUUCAAUUCUAUUUCUUUUUAAAUAUGUGUAGCCAUGUAAUUUUCUUUGGUUAAUAAAAUGUGAGAAGUGACAUAUAUCCAUUCUGGGCUGAAGUUUUUGGAGGCAUGGUUUAACAUAUUUUCUUCUCCCACUAUAGUGAUCACGGAAGUAUAUGUGAAGAUGGAAUCUUCACAAGUUUAGAUCCUUGACUGACUGCAGUGAGGAGGGCUCCAGGCUGAACAAUAUAGGGUAUAUAGUAUAAGAAAGAAAUCAACUUUCAUUGUGUUAAGCUGUUGAGAUUUGGGGAAGUUGUUUGGUAUUGAAGCAUAACUUAGCCUAUCCUGAUGCAAAACUGUACUCCUCUUCACCCACUUAAUCCUUCACCUUUUCCAAUCUAUAUCUUUUCCUUUUGGAUGGGAGAUUUUAAAGAGUGCGGUAAUCUGGCCAGUCCAACUAGAAAGACCUAAUCACACUGACAUUAAGGUUUCCCCAUCCAUCAGUGCUCCCAGUUCACUUUAGAAUGAAAACUCAAAGUGGACAAGAAUUACGAACCUACUCAGAGCCAUCACUCAGCUCUGUAGUCUCCCAAAUUAAAUUAAGAACAAACACAUGAAGAAAGUUUCUGAAAAGGCAUACAGAAAUUAAAGAAAAACAAAGAGUAAAAAGGUAACUUGGAGAAAAUGGAAAGUCUGCAGCAAGAAGAAAACUUGGGGGGAAAGCUAUUAUUAAUAUCAUCAGAUGAAAAAAGAAGUUAUUGCAUCUAAGAAAUAAGUCCAAAAGAGAGCUCUUUAAAUAAAAGAGAUAAGUCUAGGAAAAUACUAACUUAAUAAAGAAGUAAAAAUCUCAAUAUAAGGGCUUGAAGACAAAGUUAAGAAAACGUUCAAGAAAAUACUGCAAAAAUAUUUUAAAAUGGCAAGUAGGAGAGAAAAAAAUAAAGAAAUUAGAGAACCAUACCAGAGGUCUAACAUCUGAAUUACAGAAAUUCUAAAAAAGGAAUGGGAGUUAGAUUAUUAACGAAAUAAUUUAAGGAGACUUCUAAGAUCAGGAGGAAAUUAGUUUCCUAGAUGAAAUGUCUCAUCAAUUAUACUGUACAAUGGAUGGAAAAUAACCCCAAGCCAAAACAUGUAAUUGUUUAAUUUUAAAAUUCUUGGGACAAUGACACAUAGAAGACAAGAAAUAAGAUUAGCUUUAGACUUCUUAGCAAACAGAUUGGCUUGGAAAUCUCAUUGACAAAACAAAAAUUCUGAAGAAAAAUUAUUUUAAAGCUAAAACUCUAUACUUAGUCAAACUACUAAUCAAGUUUGAGGGUAGAAUAAAGACAUUUUAGUACAUUUAAGAUCACAAAAACAUUUAACUCUGAAACACCCUUCUCUGAAAACUACUGGAAGAUAUCUAUCAAAAUGAGAGCCCAAUUCAAGACAGAAGAAACAGAAAUGAGAAGAUCCAAAACAGGACAGAAGUGAAAUGAAUCUCUGGGUGAUGUUGAAGGAGGAUCCCAGGAUGACAACUGAGUCUCAGGCAUAAUGAACAACUAGUCCAGUAAGGAGCUAUUUGACUCAAGAGACAGGGAUUUUGAAGGAUAUCAUUAGCAAUCCUCUUAACAUUGUAUCAUCUUUUCAAUCAUAUGAACCUACUGGAGGAUGUAGUCUAGUUAAUUCCACAGAGUAAACUGAAAAAGGGCAAGUUAUAAAAUCCCAGAACUAGCAAACACAUCCAGUAUAAAAGGCAAAGAAUUCCAAGAAUGAGAGCAAAGAAAAAAUCCAGAAUGAUAGCUGUGCAGUAGGCAUAGAAAGCAACUGCCCUAUUCAAAGAAAAAUUGAAGUCUCAGGAGGAAUGGAAAUGACUAUGGGGAAAAUUGUGCUGAGAGGCAAUUGUAUCUGUGGGAUGAAUAAGUGAUAGGGAUAAAAAAAUCAAUAAAUGAAAAGGCAAGACAAUUAUUAACUUCAAGAAAAAAUUGAAAAAGAAAAUAUAAUUAAUGCACAAUAAUGCUCCCAAUAUAUGGUAAGUAAAAGAAAAUCUGAAAUACCUAAAAUGUAAUCUAACAUAAUAAGGAGUCAAUUGAUAAUUUCUAAAAUUAAUUUAUCAAAAUAUAUCAGAAAACAGAUUAGUGACCAAAGAGAUAACUAAAAGUUUUAAAAUGGCUACCUCUUAGGGGGGGAACUAAGAAAAGUGAGGUGGAAAAGGGCAGAAAAGCAUUGUAUUUUAUUAUAAGCCUCUUAGUGCUAUUUAAUUUUGGACAAGGUCACGUAUUAUUUUGGAAAAAAAUGCAUUUUGAAAUAUCAGUAGAGCUCUUGCAAGUCUCAGCAAGAACAAAAAGGAGAUAAAAUGCUAAACAUCACUAACAAAAAUAGGGAUACAAUUAAAGGUAAAUAACACAAUGAAAACAUGCCAAGAAAUUUCCAAACUAGAUAAAAUGAUUUUCAAAAUAAAAUGCAAGUUACCUAAAAAUACAAAACCUGAACAGAUUAAUAACCAAAGGUAAAAUGUACAUGGUAGUCAUAGAUCUACUGCAAGUGAAGUCACCAAACCUAACCAGUUUAAAAGGCAAGUUGGAAUUAAGCAUGUAGAAACAUAGAAUAAUAUAAUUAUUAAAACUAUUGUAUAAAAUAGAUAAAAAGCUCCUUAACACAUUCUAUGAUGCCAGUAUAGCAAAGCCAUAAAAGGCAAACACACCCAAGGAAAACAACAUUAACUAGAAAAAUCCUAAAACCAUGUUGACACAUCAUAUCUAUUUGUGCACUAAAACAAUAAUACAUUAUGGUUAAAUGCCAUUUAUAUCAAUAACUCAAUAAUUUAGAAACUAAAGAAUAACUGCAUUAUUUCAACAGCUAUCAAAAAUCACUUCAAAAUAUGAAAGAAUAAAAAGAAAACUUUCUUGAUUCAAAAAAGGAAUAUUUACCCCAAAUUGAGAUCAACCAUCAUAGUUGAAGAUGAAAUGCUAGAAGCACUUCCACAAAUGCAAGAUUGACCUACUUGCUACUAUUACUUUUAAGAGUAUUCAUUGGAUAUUGGAGAUUCUAGUCACUAGAAUUAUAGAUGAACAAUAAUUUCUGUAUACUACUUAAAGCAGGUGAAGGACGAAGGUCGGGUUGGGGGAAGGCAGAAAGUGCUCCAAGAAAUAUCACGGGUAAAGAGUAAGACCUGGAAAGUGGAAUAAUUGUUUAAUUCACAAGAAAUUGGAAAAAGGUCAAUUAUUCCGCCAUAUUCACGUUAUUAUUGUUAAAUACUUUACAAAUAAAUAAAAUGUCCCCAACGAAUAUUUGUUGACUUCAAGGAAGAGGCUUCAUUUUCUCAUAUAUAUUUUUACUAUCCAUUUUUAAAAUAGGAGGUUUUCUUAGGAUUUCGGUAGGGAGCCAGAGUUUAGUUGCAUGCCCCUAGAUUUAAGAAGACAAUAAAUUAAUUCUUCUACGAAUCCAGAUUACCACAGGGGAAAACGACAUCAGCUUUUACUUACUAGCAUUACUGUGACCAUUUGAGGAUAAAGAUGGAAUGAAACAGCAAAGAACCCGGGGACAAAUCACUCUUGUUGCAGAAUUCCUUCAAUCCGCCAUCUUUUUCCUCUAGUCUUCAUAACGGGAAUAACACCCACAAAACGCAAGGUGGCGCUGCUGGCUAAAAAGAGAGAGAAAAAUAUCUUCCCAAAGAAAGGACGUUAUAGAUUCCAGAGUAAAAACGAAAUCUGAAAAGUGUAGGAAAGGAAAAGGUGGUAAUAGGAAUUGGGGGAAAGUAAGGAUCCUUCCCCACAAACAUUGGUAUUAUUCAGCUCAUUUCAAAGGAUUCGGCUGCUGCCAUUUGUGAGAGCUGCUGGAGGCUGAGUGGAAGUCAUUUUGAAAGACUGAUCCAAGGAAGAAUGGAGGCCAGAGUAGUGCGUGCUGUGCAGAAAAGGCAAGUCCUAUUUCUUUGUGUUUUUCUGGGAAUGUCUUUGGCUGGCGCCGAACCGCUUCGGUAUUUUGUGGCGGAGGAAACCGAGAGAGGCACCUUUCUUACCAACUUGGCGAAAGACCUAGGGUUAGGGGUAGGGGAACUGAGAGUCCGCGGAACUAGAAUUGUUUCAGACCAGAACUUGCCAUUUUUACUGCUCAAUCCGCUUACUGCUGAUUUACUUUUAAAUGAGAAAUUGGACCGAGAGGAACUGUGUGGCCCCAGAGAGCCCUGUGUGCUGCCUUUCCAGUUGUUAUUGGAAAAACCUUUUCAGAUUUUCCGUGCUGAACUAAGGGUCAGAGACAUCAAUGAUCACUCUCCAGUAUUUCUAGACAGAGAGAUUUCCUUGAAAAUAUUAGAAAGUACAACUCCAGGGGCGGCAUUUCUCCUAGAAAGUGCACAGGAUUCAGAUGUUGGAACCAACAGCCUGAGUAACUACACCAUCAGCCCCAAUGCGUAUUUCCAUAUUAAUGUCCAUGAUAGUGGGGAGGGGAAUAUCUAUCCCGAAUUGGUGCUGAAUCAAGUGCUGGAUCGGGAAGAGAUACCAGAGUUCAGUUUAACCCUCACCGCUUUAGAUGGCGGCUCUCCUCCCAGAUCAGGGACGGCCCUCUUACGCAUCCUGGUUCUAGACAUAAAUGACAACGCCCCUGAUUUUCUGCAGUCGCUUUACAAAGUGCAGGUGCCCGAAAAUAGCCCCGUUGGUUCCAUGGUUAUCUCCGUGUCAGCCAGAGAUUUAGAUACCGGAAGUAAUGGGGAAAUAGCCUAUGCAUUUUCUUAUGCCACUGAAAUAAUUCUCAAAACGUUUCAAAUUAAUCCAACAUCUGGCAGUCUUCAUCUUAAAGCAGAACUGGACUAUGAGGCAAUUCAAACUUACACAUUAACUAUUCAGGCCAAAGACGGCGGCGGGCUUUCUGGAAAAUGCACUGUGGUGGUUGAGGUAACAGAUAUAAACGAUAAUCGACCCGAGCUGCUCCUGUCUUCACUUACUAGCCCAAUUGCAGAAAACUCCUCCGAGACAGUCGUGGCUGUUUUUAGGAUUAGAGACAGAGAUUCUGGGAACAAUGGAAAGACAGCGUGCUCCAUCCAGGACGAUCUCCCCUUCAUCCUGAAGCCAUCUGUAGAGAACUUCUACACUCUGGUAACAGAGAAACCUUUGGAUCGAGAGAGGAACACUGAGUACAACAUCAUCAUCACCGUCACCGACUUGGGGACACCCAGGCUGAAAACUGAGCACAACAUAACCUUGCUGGUCUCCGACGUCAAUGACAACGCCCCCGCCUUCACCCAAACCUCCUACACCCUGUUCGUCCGGGAGAACAACAGCCCCGCCCUGCACAUCGGCAGCGUCAGCGCCACAGACAGAGACUCAGGCACCAACGCCCAGGUCACCUACUCGCUGCUGCCGCCCCAGGACCCGCACCUGCCCCUCGCCUCCCUGGUCUCCAUCAACGCGGACAACGGCCACCUGUUUGCCCUCAGGUCGCUGGACUACGAGGCCCUGCAGGCGUUCGAGUUCCGCGUGGGUGCUGCAGACCGCGGGUCCCCGGCGCUGAGCAGCGAGGCGCUGGUGCGCGUGCUGGUGCUGGACGCCAAUGACAACUCGCCCUUCGUGCUGUACCCGCUGCAGAACAGCUCCGCGCCCUGUACCGAGUUGGUGCCCCGGGCGGCCGAGCCGGGCUACCUGGUGACCAAGGUGGUGGCGGUGGACGGCGACUCGGGCCAGAACGCCUGGCUGUCGUACCAGCUGCUCAAGGCCACGGAGCCCGGGCUGUUCGGUGUGUGGGCGCACAAUGGCGAGGUUCACACCGCCAGGCUACUGAGCGAGCGCGACGCGGCCAAGCACAGGCUGGUGGUGCUGGUUAAGGACAAUGGCGAGCCUCCGCGCUCGGCCACCGCCACGCUGCACUUGCUCCUGGUGGACGGCUUCUCCCAGCCCUACCUGCCGCUCCCGGAAGCGGUCCCGGCCCAGGACCAGGACGACUCGCUCACCGUCUACCUGGUGGUGGCGUUAGCCUCGGUGUCGUCGCUCUUCCUCUUGUCGGUGCUCCUGUUCGUGGCGGUGAGACUGUGCAGGAGGAGCAGGGCUGCCUCUGUGGGUCGCUGCUCGGUGCCCGAGGGCCCCUUUCCAGGACAUCUGGUGGACGUGAGCCACACUGGGACCCUUUCCCAGAGCUACCAGUAUGAGGUGUGUCUGACUGGAGGCUCCAGGACAAAUGAGUUCAAGUUUCUGAAGCCAAUUAUCCCCAACCUGCUACCCCAGAGCACAGGUAGGGAAGUUGAAGAAAAUCGCCCAUUUCAGAAUAUUUUGGGUUUCUGAUAAAGAAUGAAAAUAAAUCCGCGUCUGUGAAUACAUUUUUGAUUAGGAACUUAUUGUGAGGUGCCUGUAAGGGAAUGUCUUUAGAUCAUUUCAAAUAUGUACUCUUGAAGACAAGAAAUAAAUAUCUAUACAUAGAAUAGGAUCCUGAUUUAGUACCAAGAACCCUUCAUAAAGCAUGAAAUGUAUAUGUGUAACGUUUUAUGUCAAACAAUUAUGCUUAAUAUACGGUCUAUUAAAUGUAAGUCUUGUUUAAGAUAUUUUAAA